AUGCAAUCGCCCAAAACCCCUUCCCACCGGAUCAGCUUCGCUUCCAGUUUCAACACUGAUAACAAAGACUACCGGCCCCCUGAGAUGGGUAACCUGGUGUCACGACAGCUCGAACCAGCUGCGACCCAACGGUUUGGGUUAAUGGACGAGUUUCUCGGCCUCGAGGAGCCAACAUGCUCCAAGUGCGCAAAGAUUGUCGCGUACAUCGAGGUCAUCCAGAGCAAAGGCGUGGUCACUUCAACUGACUACCCUGCCUUCGAGCUACACCGCAAUUUCAAGGAGCUGGAAGCGGAAUCUCUGGGCUGCGUAUGCUGCCGACUACUCCGGCAGGCACUGCUUCUUAACCAAAUCACCAUUGCCGGCGUUGCAAACCUACGGAAAUGUCAAGAUCCAAUUCUGAUCGAAUUGCGGAGUGGCAAGCAACUAGCUCUUCGAAUUUGCAUUCCGAACAUAAAGGACAGUACCGCGACAUUAUCAUGCGCAACGACACGCCCUCCACCGUGUCGACAGCUCGCUGUGAACGCACUCGACAAGAGCGUCUGUCAAACAGCAAGAGGAUGGCUGAAAGAGUGCCUCGGUCCUAAAUGGGAGCAGCCGAGCCUAGUACAAUCGAAUGCAAGUCAUCGACAAUGCGCGCAGCGUUUAACAUCUCGCAACCCUACAAGGUUACUUCACAUACUGCCUAGCCCGAACACCGAGCCGCUGGAGCAAAUAGAGGUACAGCUCGAACAAGGCCUAGAAAGCAGAGUGAACUACGUUGCCCUUAGCUACUCGUGGGGCCAAAACACGAAAACCAGCAAAAUUAUCCAAUCCGGUAAAACAACGAAACGGAAUUAUCAAUCACGCCAAAGGCCAUUUCCCUGCGCUGAAUUCCCGGCCACGAUCCGAGACGCCAUCGCCUUCACGAGCCGUAUCGGCGUGGAAUACAUUUGGAUCGAUUCCGUAUGUAUCAUUCAAAAGGUCGAUGGCGACCAGGGCGAUGGCAGCAAGGACUUGGAAAGAGAAAUGCCGAAGAUGCACGAGGUGUAUGGCAACGCGCUCUUCACCCUAGCCGUGUGUUCUAACGACAACGCUAAGUCCCGUAUGCUCGCAUUGCGGUCCGCCUGGCAAUACCGGAGGGAAACGUGCAAACUGAGCAACCAGUACCUCACGGUAAUCGAUCCGUCUCUGGACAAUAUCCGGGCCUCGUCACCGCUAUCGAAGCGCGGCUGGACGUUGCAGGAGGAACGCUUGUCGCCGCGUGUCCUGUACUGGACGGGACAAGGCAUGUACUGGAGUUGCAUACAGAUGCAGCGGAGCGAGGUGGAAGCGGAACAGAAAUCCGCCACCGUAUUGGAGCAAGGUGAAUCCACAUACACGGGCAACUACAAACAUCCGCAAAACUUCCUCUGGACCUGCUGGUCAGUGCCGUCUGGCGAUGCGCUGCAUAGAGCCUGGCUAGAUGUCGUUAAGUCAUAUUGCCGACGGCAGCUGGGUGAAGAGUCCGAUCGGUACCCUGCGAUUUCAGGCCUGGCAGCACGGUACCAGUACGCGCAGGCCGGCGACGAAUACCUAGCCGGGCUGUGGCGGAAGCAUUUUGCUGAGGAUCUGGCGUGGUGCGUCGUGGCUGGUCAAGCCAAGGACGAGGGACUAAGCCUGCGUAGCAAAGCGCCAUUGCCCUCGUGGUCGUGGGUUUCUCUUCCAUUCGGGACGAACAUCUUGAAUAACCUUGAUCGGCCGCUGAUCCCCGCUGAGGAUGGAGAUGGAGUUGAUAAGUUCAAACUAAUCCGGAUACUAGGCUCGCAAUCUUCCGAACGCGAGCAGUCAUCAAACCCGCAAUACCAGGACCUCAACGAAGCCAACCAGCGUGUCUUAGUAGGUAGCAAGGUUGAGAGGGUCAGAGUUCGUGGUCUCCUUCGCCCAUUCCUCAGGAACGACUCUAAGUUCCGACCAUGGUCGAAGGUGGCACUCAAUCAAAGCCGACGACAAUCACAAACACUGCCCCGAUUUACAUUCUCUUCCGCUCCUGAACAACCAGUCCACUCAAUAGAUCCGAAGAGCGGCUAUGUGAUGGCGUACGAAAGUGGCAAGAAGGAAACAGUCGGGCAGCUAGACUAUCGAACUGACGCGGAUCGGUUUGCGAGCGGGAAGCUGGAUAUGAUGUGUUUAGCGUUAGGCAGCGCGCAAUGCGACUCGAUGAUGUUGUUGGCUAGGAGUCAGCAGGAUGAUGGGAGCGAUAGUAGUAGGAUCGCGCAGGAUGAGUAUCGCCGGGUAGGUAUAUCAUAUGGGUUUCGGAAAGACUUCUUUGAUAAUACAAGGGCUGUAGAGGUGACACUUGUGUAGAUAGUUUAACGGAAAAGCGUCUGCGAUCGCGAAGUCUCUGUACGCUACUACGACAUCUAUUGGAGUCUUACUAAUAUUGACGCCAUACCGAUCUAAAGUAGAGGGUUACUCUCGAGGCCUAUUCAAUUUUUGCUAUUCUCUAAGUAUAAAGGCAAUAUAACGCAGAUUACGAACGAUUCCGACCUCCUUAGGAGUUGAAGUGGUACGUCCGUAGACACUUUCCGCUCUAUUCGAGGCUAAAGUUUGCUAAUAAUGAGCUUCUCGUAUGAUCUAGCAUGUGUUGAACUUCUCUAUUCUACCAUUCUUUCUUUCAGCUAGAAAUAGGGGCACAGGUUUGCAGCAUCUCAGCAGUAAUAAUCUGCUCGACCAGGGCAGAGAAUCCUCCACUAGAAAGGAGCCUGAGCUUCCAAGGCUUA